ACACAUUUUCAAGCCUAUCUCAGCCUCUUUCAUUCUUUUUAUUCUACACCAAAAAGAAAAGGGCAAAUAUGGCUCACUUGUUGAAGGAAAAACCAGGAUUGAUCGAUGGAAGCAAUGUUAUGGAAGACAUCGAAGUCCCCGAAAUUGAUGCUGCUCUUUUAAUGUCCUUAUUAGAGGAGUCACAUUGUGAGGAGUACUGCAAUGAGGAACAAGUAAAUAGCUUAAUGGAAUCUCUAGAAGCAGAGAUUAGAAUGGCAAACCAUGAUUCAUGCUAUGAAGGAGACAUGGAAAGCAACGAUGGCUUCAAUUGCUUUGAAUGGACGGAAAUGGAAAUGGUGCCUUCCUCGCCAAGCGAUGACAUGAACUGGUAUGUGGAGGCUCAUGUAGAAGAGAUGGAUGGCAUGGUCGAAUUCGGAAAUGGAUUCCCUCAGAAUUAUUAUGAAAUUCCAUUGGAACAUGGCUAUAGCUCUCUGUGGCAACAGACCUAUGGCCCAGCUGACCUUGAUGAUAACACCCCGAUACUAUGAUUUCUUCUCGAGAAGCAUGGUGCCAAUGCAACACUAGUGGCCCAUCCGCAACACAAGUAAAUGCAAAGAUCUAAAGUUUGGGGUUGAAUGGGGUAAUAAUCACCCUGACAAGGCAUCAGGCUAUUGGGAAGGCAAGAAGCAAAUUAAUCGAAGAGUUUCUGACAAUGCGAAACGUAUAUGAUUAUAUGUUUCAUUUGUUGAACUAAUAUGCCAAGCUCUUGAACUUUAAACCAACAAUACCUUUUAAAAGCACAAAUGGUCUGCUUUGAAACCGCAGCAUGCUCAAGGGAGGGUUUAUGGAGGGAGUAUAUGGAUCAGCCUAUGGUGAAGUCCCCUAGUGAUAAGCUUCCAUGCACAUUCUCUCCUCCGUGUGAACCUCAAGCUCUUCAAGCUUCUCUCGACCAAAAGGAAAGAAUAACUAUGCAACUGAUGGAGUGGUAGACUGAAUAUUAGAUGAAAUUAAGUGAUAAGAAGCAAUAGAGACCCUCUUUUUUGUUUCAUUUUCAUGGUCAUUGU